AUGGAACUGUGUGAGAUAGACCAUGAGCUGGUGACGAAUCCUAUCUAUCAGGCGUUAUGCACAUGUUUUUUAUUUAGCUCACUGUUCGGUAUGGUAGCUAGUGUUCCAAUCAUUCGUAGCAUGUCAAAGAUGUCCAUCUUUCAUCCUAAUCUCAAGAUGCUCAUUUAUUUUAUGAUUUUUUAUACGGCCGCUUAUUCAGCAAUCAUUUUCUGCACUAUGUUACACUCGUUCUUUUAUGUUCUGACAUACAAUUCUAAAUGCGAUUUGGUGUUCGAGGUAUACAAAUGUAUCUGGAGUUUCAUUCCGAACACUUGGUGUUUAUCUGGUAUGUGUCUAACACAGGGAUUUAUUAGCUUUGAACGACAUAUCUCAGCUGUUUAUGCCGAUAAGUAUGAAUAUUCUGGGAAACGAUUUGGAUAUGCUCUGGCAGUUCUUAAUAUCAUGUUACCAACGUUGUUGACAAUCUUUGGGCUGCGAGACCUGAAAUUUACUGGUGAUAUGUUAACCAUAUGCUUGGCAAUACCUCCAUCAGCAUCGAACACUGCGAAUCAACUCUUCAUAUUACUUAUAAUAAUCGAAUUAUUAUCACUCUUAAUAUACUCAUACGAUUACAGAUAUAAUAAAUGUUUGCUCAAAACAGGGGAUUACACAUUAGCCAAGAGGUUUCAAACAUUUGAGAACAUUUCCGUUAUCAAGCUAUGUCUGCCCCUAACCUUAGCUCAUUUUUUUCUAACAGCCACCUACUUAUCAACUACUGUCUACCUCAGGACGAGAAUGCAUUCCAUCGAUCCUGUAAUAUAUCGGCUACUCUGCGCCGCUGUUUAUGUCGUCCCCUACUACGUGGCCUUUCAAAAUUUAUUUCUUCUCAUUAUUGUAUUUCAACAACAGAAGGAACGGGAAAAGGCAGAUGCUCAACGAGUUUCUUCUCUUCAACCCGAUAAAUCGCGAUCCAUAUACUUUACGGAAUUAGAGAAUCAGUGGAAUUCUACAAUUACGAGGAAGAAGUAA